CUCUGGUGUAGAAUGCUAAUUUCUACGUCUGUCUGGAAUUCUUUCGCAACGAAAUGCUUACGGAGGCUUGUAUUUAAGGUGAGGCUUCCUCUUCACAGGCCACAUUUAGACCUCCAAAGGUACUGUUGACGUUGUAGUCUCCCGACGCUAAUUAAGCACUUCUCGCUAUGGACAGAGUUCUCGCUCUGGCUCUUUUCGCUGCCUUGGCUGUCGCUGUGUCCGGAAACGGCCUGGGCUUCGGCCAGCCUCCCGCGUUCGAGUGCGAGACAACCGGUUACUUCGCCGACUUCUACCGCUCGUGCGUCGUCUACUACUGGUGCGAGGACGCCACCAGUAAGACCACAUACACGUGUGGGGAAGGAAAAAGAUUUGAUGAAGUUACGAAGAAAUGUUUGAACGAAGAUCAAGUCGACUGCCCUUUUCCCAGCUCGUAGAAUUUGAAGAUCUGUGUAUUUGUAUGUCAGUUGUACAUAUUUUUGUAAUGAUUUGUAUAAUAAAUAUUUUGCAUUAAA